CUGUCGACGCUGCCACCAAAUCAGAGGACGCCGGAGGCCCUGGAGAGGGCAAUUUACAACAUGAGCAAGCUGGACAGAGCAGCCUUCAGGGGAGGGUUCAUCCUCGAAAAUAUCAUGGGUUCGAUCUCAACAGGGCAUUUGGAACUGACAUCCAAGAACCCUAAUGUAAACCCGUUUGUGACAUUCAACUACUUCAAGCUCCCAUAG